GAAAACCCGCUCAUUUUUUCUCAAAACCAUUCUUCUUCUUCUUCCUUCGAAUGGAUCCUCCACAGCCACAAGACAUGAAAUUUCAGUUUCCACCCUCGUCAGCCCCCACUCUUCCCAUUCCUCCUACUCCCCCGCCGCCGCCAAUGAACUAUCCUCUGGUUCUACCGGCGCAAAUCCUCUCCCCAACCCCAUGGUCCACUGGCCUCUUUGACUGCUUCAACGACAUCGGAAACUGCUGUCUGACUUUCUUCUGUCCCUGCAUUACAUUCGGCCGCAUUGCGGAGAUAGUCGACAGAGGCUCAACAUCCUGUGGUGUUAGCGGUGGUCUGUACGCUCUCUUGCUCUGCACGACUGGGUGUCAAUGGAUAUACUCUUGUUUCUAUCGGUCGAAGAUGAGGAGUCUUUUCUUCCUGGAAGAGGGUCCUUGUGUUGAUUGUUUGGUACAUUGUUGUUGUGAAACUUGCGCGCUUUCGCAGGAGUAUAGGGAGCUGCAUAACCGAGGAUUUCGUUUGGAUUUGGGAUGGGAGGGUAGCUUGGUGAGGCAACAGAAGGCGAUGGUGGCUCCGACGGUGGAAGGUGGAAUGCGACGGUGA